AUAUUUUGACUCCAACAAAAUAAAUAUCUAAAUUCUGUGAGAAACGAAUCUUCUGUUUUGCAAAUGCUUCGAUCCUCAAUUCGACUUCUCUAUAUAAGAAGAACCAGUCCUCUCCUUCGAAGUUUAUCAUCAUCAUCAUCAUCAUCAUCAUCAUCUUCAUCAAAACGAUUCGAUUCUGCGAAACCACUUUUCAAUUCUCAUCGGAUUAUUUCUCUUCCAAUCUCUACAACGGGUGCUAAACUUUCUAGAUCGGAACAUUCAAUGGCUACUUCUUCCGAACCCAAAUCUAUCUACGAUUUCACCGUCAAGGAUGCUAAGGGAAACGAUGUUGAUCUAAGCAUCUACAAGGGGAAGGUUCUUUUGAUUGUGAACGUUGCUUCUCAAUGUGGCUUGACUAAUUCGAACUAUACUGAGCUUGCACAGCUUUAUGAGAAGUACAAAGACCAUGGGUUUGAGAUUCUUGCGUUCCCGUGUAAUCAGUUUGGGAAUCAAGAGCCUGGUACAAAUGAAGAGAUUGUUCAGUUUGCUUGUACUCGUUUCAAGGCUGAGUACCCGAUUUUCGACAAGGUUGAUGUGAACGGUGACAAAGCUGCUCCAAUCUACAAGUUUCUGAAAUCAAGCAAAGGCGGGCUUUUUGGAGACGGCAUCAAGUGGAACUUCGCUAAGUUCUUGGUUGACAAAGAUGGAAAUGUUGUUGACCGUUACGCGCCAACUACUUCUCCUCUCAGUAUUGAGAAGGACCUGAAGAAACUGUUGGGAGUUACUGCUUAAGCGAGGAAAGAGGCAUUAUUAGACAAAUAAAAAGCUCAUUAGUAUUGUGUUACCAAUACUGUGUAGUAAGCUGAGUUCGUGAGUGUCUUUGGGAGUACUACUUAUUUCCUCGGUACAAUUAUAAUCCGUUUUUAGCGGCCAAACUAUGUAAUAAACGUAGAUCUAAAUAUCAGAUUUCCCUUUACGUAUAAUUUUGAAUA